GUCCUCAACCGGUCCUUCACGGAAGAUGCGGAAGAGGUGACGACGACCUUGCCCACCACCACAACCACCACGAGGAAGCCGGAAACCACGCCAAAGUCGGUGAAGCAGGAGAAGAAGAGCCAAAGCGCUGCAAAGCAGUCCGAAGACGAGGAGGAUGAGGACGACGAGAAGACGAGUGGACAGGGCUCUCUGAUGGAAGCAAAGGCCCAGGCGGUGAACAAAGCGUCCACUGCCGGCACCGGGAAGAGCCUCCACAAGCACCAACAUCGCCCAACAAGGUCUGGCCACCAACACAGCCACCAAGAAGGACACGACGUGCAGGCCCACCAUGCGAAUCAACACGCCGGGCGGCCACACAGGAAGACUGCGUGA